AUGGCUCAUCCUAUCAUUGAUAGCAAGUUAGACGAAUCGAUGCCCACAGCAUUACUAAUGCGAAAGCAUGCUGCAUUUCUGGCUGCUUAUGAGAAGAAAGACGACUGCACAUUGGAUUAUCUAAAACUUUCCGGGAUAUUUUGGACAAUUACUGCACUGGAUCUGAUGAACGAAUUAGAUAAGAUUGAUAAGGACCGAGUAGUCGAUUUGGUCUUAUCUUGUCAACAGUCCGACGGAGGUUUAUCACCCGCCCCUGGACAUGAUUCACACUUACUGUCUACUCUGAGUGGAAUUCAAAUCCUGGCACUUUUCGAUUGUGUACAUAAAUUGGAUCGUGAUGCCGUAGUUCGCUUUAUUUUGAGUCUGCAGCAACCGGAUGGCAGCUUUUGUGGUGACGAAUGGGGGGAAAUCGAUACUCGAUUCGCAUUUUGUGCACUCGCUUCACUCAAAUUGCUUGGCCGAUUAGAUGAGUGUGUGCGUUCCGGUCGACUGAAUGCCGAGGAAUGCGCCGUCUAUUUGGAACGUUGUCAAAAUUUGGAUGGUGGAUUCGGAACACAACCGGGAAGUGAAUCACACGCCGGACAAGCUUAUUGUGUCCUCGGGGCACUAUCUUUAUUGCNUUUGCGUCGCCUCAAUUUGGAACGAGCAGCCUGGUGGUUGGCCGAGCGCCAGUUACCUAGCGGUGGGUUGAACGGUCGUCCGGAAAAGAAACCGGACGUUUGUUAUUCGUGGUGGGCUUUGGCCAGUUUAACCAUUCUGGGUCGUCUGACGUGGAUCGAUGAUCGUAAACUGACCCGCUUUAUUUUGGCUGCUCAGGAUGCGGAAACCGGUGGUAUUGCUGACCGUCCCGGGGACAUACCCGACCCGUUCCAUACCUUGUUCGGUCUGGCUGGCCUCUCCCUGAUUGCCCAAGCCGGGCGAGAUUCCGGGACCCUGGAAACUGUGCAUGGUAAUGGCUCCAUUCACGAGCAAGAUGCAAUCACUACUGCCCUACUGGAGAUCAAGGUCCGUUUGAAACCGAUCAACCCGGUCUUUUGUAUGCCCCAAUAUGUUAUUGAUCGGAUGCAUUUGGACAUGCAAUUGAUCGAAUAA